UUUGGUCAGGGGAAACAUUAGUGGAACAAAGUCGGGGCUAGCAGAUUAAUGCAAAGUGUCACUCACAUUGAUGAUCAAACUUUCCUUUUUCCACCUUUCUCUUUCUAACAUAGACCUUCUUAACGUGGCUUAUUUCUGAUGUUUUUGUUACUUUCUGGCAGCUCAUUUUCACUUGUAUAUUUUCUGUAUGUUAUGCAAUGUACCUGCGGAAUAAUGUUGUAAAACUGAAGGGAGAGAUUUUUAACCUUCGUAGACAGUGUGACAAUAGAGGUGUUGUUCAUAAUGGUAGAACUGAAGUUUUGCAGCUUGAAGAUGCUAGUUUAUUUUCUUAUUUUCAGAGUGCUGACACUAGAUCUGUUGCUUUGUAUACCGUGAUUUUUACACUCUUUCUGCCAUUUAUGUUGUACAAAUAUCUUGAUUAUCUUCCCCAAAUAAAGAAUCUUUCAAAAAGACGAAAGACUAACGAGGAGGUUCCCUUGAAGAAGAGAAUUGCAUACAUGGUGGAUGUAUGUUUCUCGGUAUAUCCUUAUGCAAAAUUGCUUGCACUGCUCUUUGCAACUAUAUUUCUCAUAGGAUUUGGCGGCUUAGCAUUAUAUGCAGUUAGUGAUGGUAGCUUUGCCGAAGCACUUUGGCUUUCAUGGACUUUUGUAGCUGACUCAGGAAACCAUGCUGAUAGGGUUGGUACCGGGCCAAGGAUUGUUUCUGUUUCUAUAAGUUCAGGUGGUAUGUUGAUAUUUGCAAUGAUGCUUGGGCUUGUCUCAGAUGCAAUCUCUGAGAAGGUAGAUUCAUUGCGAAAAGGGAAGAGUGAAGUCAUUGAAAAGAACCAUAUACUAAUUCUUGGAUGGAGUGACAAAUUGGGAUCACUUUUGAAGCAGCUAGCAAUAGCAAAUAAAAGUGUUGGUGGAGGUGUUGUUGUUGUCCUUGCUGAAAGAGACAAGGAGGAAAUGGAGAUGGAUAUAGCGAAGCUAGAAUUCAAUUUCAUGGGAACAUCAGUUAUAUGCAGGAGUGGCAGUCCUCUAAUACUGGCUGACUUGAAGAAGGUUUCAGUAUCAAAGGCACGAGCUAUCAUUGUAUUAGCAUCUGAUGAAAAUGCAGAUCAGAGUGAUGCGCGUGCUUUGAGGGUUGUGCUCAGCCUCACUGGAGUAAAAGAAGGUCUGAGAGGUCAUGUUGUUGUUGAGAUGAGUGACCUUGACAAUGAGCCCUUGGUGAAGCUUGUUGGAGGAGAACUCAUUGAAACUGUUGUUGCUCAUGAUGUGAUUGGGCGCUUGAUGAUACAAUGUGCUUUGCAGCCUGGAUUAGCUCAGAUAUGGGAAGAUAUAUUAGGGUUUGAGAAUGAUGAAUUUUACAUCAAAAGGUGGCCUCAACUGGAUGGUCUGUGUUUCAAAGAUGUUCUCCUUUCAUUUCCUGAUGCAGUUCCAUGUGGAAUCAAGGUUGCUGCAGAAGGAGGGAAGAUAAUCUUGAAUCCAGAUGAUAACUAUGUCCUAAAAGAAGGGGAUGAAGUCCUUGUUAUUGCUGAAGAUGAUGACACCUAUGCUCCGGGUCCCCUUCCAGAGGUACGUAGGGGUCGUUUCCCUAAGAUGCAAGAUCCUCCAAAAUAUCCUGAGAAGAUACUUUUCUGUGGAUGGCGCCGUGAUAUUGAUGAUAUGAUCAUGGUACUAGAGGCAUUCCUAGCACCGGGUUCAGAACUAUGGAUGUUUAAUGAGGUUCCCGAAAAAGAAAGAGAGAAAAAGCUGACUGAUGGAGGACUUGACAUUUCCGGAUUAGUUAACAUAAAACUUGUACAUCGUGAGGGAAAUGCAGUUAUUAGACGGCAUUUAGAAAAUCUUCCUCUGGAGACAUUUGAUUCUAUCCUAAUUCUUGCAGAUGAAUCACUAGAAGACUCCGUUGUGCAUUCUGACUCACGUUCUCUUGCCACUCUUCUACUUAUUCGUGACAUACAGGUAAACAAUUUCUCUGCCUUUUGUCUUAGGUAUUCAUAAAUAAUCAAAAUCUUC